CACACCAUGUCCUCCAUCGGCAAGAUCUACGGCACCUCGUACGCGCCCAAGUGCGCGCGCGUGCUCGCCGCCGCCAAGUACAACGGCCUCGAGAUUGAGCUCGUCAAGACGAGCGCCAUGGACGGCGACAACAAGAAGCCCGAGUUCCUCAAGAAGUUCCCCAUGGGCAAGCUCCCCACGUUCGAGGGCAGCGACAACUUCCAGCUCUCCGAGGGCCGUGCCAUCGCCCGCUACGUUGCCGGCCUCUCCGACAACGCCAAGCUGCUCGGCACGGACGCCAAGACCGGCGCGCUCGUUGAGCAGUGGGUCUCGUGGGGCGACGACGAGGUGUGGAACCCCACCAUCGCCGUGUACCUGCUCUGCAAGAACAUCACGCCCUACAACAAGGCCGCCGAGACGAAGAACUGGGACGCGCUCAAGCGCAGCCUGCAGUACCUCGAGCAGUACCUGCACACGCGCACCUUCCUCGCCGGCCACCGCGUGACGCUGGCCGACCUGACCGUCGUGUCCAACCUCGUCUUCCUCUUCAAGAACGUCGCCGGCCCCGAGUUCCGCGCCUCGUACCCGAACAGCGUGCGCUACUUCAACACCGUCGUCAACCAGGCGCAGGUCAAGGACCUCUUCGAGGCCGCGUCCGAGGACGUGCUCGCCGCCGAGAACAUCAAGUUCACGCCGCCCAAGAAGGAGGCCGCGCCCAAGCCCGCCGCCGCCGCUGCGCCGGCCCCGGCCGCCAAGAAGGCGCCCAAGCCGGCCGCCAAGGACGACGACGACGACGAGCCGUCGGCGCCCGCCGAGCCCAAGGCCGCGCACCCGUGCGCCAGCCUGCCGCCGACGAAGAUGAACCUCGACGAGGCCAAGCGCAUGUACUCGAACAAGGACACCAAGGGCGAGGACUCGUUCCUCGAGUGGUUCCACGCCAACUACGACCCCGAGGGCUACUCGCUGUGGCGCUGCGACUUCAAGUACCCCGAGGAGCUGACCAAGGUGUUCAUGAGCGCCAACCAGAUCGGCGGCUUCUUCACGCGCCUCGAGGCGUCGCGCAAGUACGUGCUCGGCGCCGGCGCCGUGUUCGGCGAGGACAACAACUCGGCCAUCGCCAUGGCCUUCAUCGUGCGCGGCCAGAGCGCCGAGGACACGCUCGGCGUCGCGCCCGACUUUGAGUCGUACAGCGCCACCAAGCUCGACCUCAGCAAGCCCGAGGACAAGAAGUUCUUCGAGGACACGCUUGCCUGGGAGGGCAGCAUCAAGGGCCCCAAGGGCGACGAGCUCAAGCUCAACGACAACGCCGCCAAGUUCAUGAAGUAAACGUGCUCGCGCACGCUUCCAUCUCAUGUCCUCUCGCAAUG